GUAGCUCCAUCCCAGGUGUCCCGUAGUAACUCCCGAGCCCCCGUUUUGCUGCGGUCAGUAUGAUCCUUUACACGAUCGGACUGAUCGUGGCGUUUGUUUUCCUCGCCCUCAAGUACGUCUACUCGUACUGGGAUCGGCAAGGGCUGCCGAAUUUGAGACCCGAAAUCCCCUACGGAAAUCUACGCAUUCUAGCCCAAAAGAAAGAAUCCUUCAAUGUGGCUAUUAACGAUCUGUACGACCGUUCAAGUGAACGGUUGGUUGGAGUGUAUCUGUUCUUCCGCCCAGCGAUCCUGGUCCGGGAUGCGCAUCUCGCCAAGCGGAUAAUGGUGAACGAUUUCCAGCACUUUCACGACCGUGGCGUCUACUGCAACGAGCACAGUGAUCCGAUGUCGGCCAACCUGUUCGCCCUGCCCGGCCAGCGGUGGAAAAAUCUGCGUGCGAAGCUUACACCAACCUUCACCUCCGGCCAGCUACGGCACAUGCUACCCACGUUUCUGGCAGUGGGCAGCAGGCUCGAGCAGUAUCUCGAGCGCUUGGCAAACGAAAAACAGAUCGUCGACAUGCGUGACAUCGUUUCGCGCUACGUGCUCGAUGUGGUGGCCUCAGUGUUUUUCGGCUUCGAAGCCAACUGUCUGCACGAUCCCGACGAUGCGUUCCGUGUGGCGUUGCGUGAUCUCAACAAUCCCGACAGCUUCAUGAACAACAUCCGAACGGCCGGCGUUUUUCUGUGUCCCGGGCUGCUAAAGUUUACCGGCAUCAAUUCACUGUCGCCUCCGAUGAAAAAGUUUACCGCGGAAGUGAUCAGUUCCCAUCUGCACCAGCGUGAGACGGGCCAGGUGACGCGCAAGGACUUUAUCCAGAUGCUAACGGAUCUGCGCCGCAAGGCUGGUAGCAGUGGGGAAGAAUCGCUCACCGAUGCACAGUGUGCGGCCAAUGUGUUUCUGUUUUACGGUGCGGGGGCCGAUACUUCCACCGGUGCGAUCACAUUCACGCUGCACGAGCUGACGCACAAUGCUGAGGCGAUGGCUAAGCUUCAGCGAGAGGUCGAUGAGAUGAUGGAGCGACACCACGGGGAAAUCACGUACGAUAACAUCAACGGGAUGAAGUAUCUGGAUUUGUGCGUGAAGGAAACGCUUCGAAUCUAUCCCGCAUUGGCUGUGCUGAAUCGGGAGUGUACGAUCGACUACAAAGUGCCGGACAGUGACACUGUCAUUCGCAAGGGCACGCAGAUGAUUAUCCCUCUGCUAGGGAUUAGCAUGAACGAGAAGUACUUCCCCGAGCCGGAACUGUACUCUCCGGAGCGAUUCGAUGAGGCCACAAAGAACUACGACGCAGAUGCGUACUAUCCGUUCGGCGCCGGUCCUCGCAACUGUAUCGGUCUGCGGCAAGGGUUAUUGUUGUCAAAGAUUGCGCUAGUGAUGAUGCUGUCCCGAUUUAACUUUUCGGCCACCAUUCCGAGAAAGAUAAAGUUUGAGCCCGUUUCAAUCACACUGGCACCGAAGGGAGGCCUUCCAAUGAGGAUCGAGAAUCGAGUUAAACAUUAAGCAAAAUAAGCUGUGAUAUUAGGAAAAUAUAGAACCGAAUGAAAUCCAUUGUUUAAGAUACUUUUAGUUACCAGAACAUGAAAUAUUGCAAUAAAAUAUACAUAUUAUUA